GUUCUGUAUUAAACCCAUUAUCCUUCAUUUUAUGAAUCGCAAUUUAAACAAAAAUAGCACAAAAAAUAACAUACUUAAAUAAAAAGAACAGCUUGUCGUUCAUUAUUUUCCGGAAUUAGAAAGAGAAAGAAAAGCCCUCCACUUCCCAUAACAGAAGCAGAAACCCUAAAAAGUUAAAAACUCAAUCUUCAAAUUAGGUUUCUAGUAAUCUCUCCAAUUUCUCUUCAGGUUUCUAACUUUCCCUGAAAUCCUAAUUUGACUUCACUCUCUCUAUCAUUUAACCUGAAAAUUCUCCAGAUCUACCGUCAGUAUUGCACCCACAAAAAUUUUCUACUAUGUCGCUAAAAUCACCCGCCGGCGUUUAUGGAACUAUUCCGGCCACCACAACAACAACCACCACUACCCAUUUCUCACAACCGCUACCAACAACCGCUACUUCCCUCACUUUCAUCUCACGCGCCACUUCUGCAACUCAGUCAGUAAUUGCCACGCGUCGCCCAUGGAAAGAACUUCUAAAUCCUUCGUCUUUUUCCUGUCCUUGCAACUAUAGUGAAGCAAUGUCUCGGGUCAAGUACAAUGUGAAUUACUUUCGGGUUAAUUAUGCUAUGGUAGUGCUUUCUGUUUUAUUUUUAAGCCUUCUUUGGCACCCAGUUUCUAUGAUUGUCUUCAUCGUAGUAUUCAUUGCUUGGUUUUUUCUUUAUUUCUCGAGGGAUGGUCCAAUUGUGUUGUUUAAUAGAGAAUUUGACGAUAGGGUUGUAUUGGUUGUUCUUGGGCUGGUUACGAUUGUUGCAUUGGUGCUUACUCAUGUGGGAUUGAAUGUCUUAGUGGCUUUGAUGAUUGGUGCUGUGGUUGUUGGUAUUCAUGGUGCCUUUAGGAAUACUGAGGAUUUGUUUCUUGAUGAAGAGAGUGCUGCUGAAGGGGGCCUUCUUUCAGUUGUAGGGAGCCAGCCUUUGAGGCCUACAACUACAGGUUAUACUCGGAUCUGAGUGUUUGUAGGUGGUUGGGUUUUGCUGAUUGAAGUUUUAUCUGGAAUUGGAUUCUUUUCGAUUGGGUUUGUUGUCAUUGCUAAAAUGUUUUUGGAGGUUUAACUUAAGGUUUUAUAAGCAAUGUGCUGGGUAAAUUAGUUGUUGAUUGUGGAAUUAGUAACUUGAUAUCAUGGUGAUUUUAGAUAGUAAUGCUGUUCUGGAAAGCUAGAAGCAUGCUGUUGUUAAGAUUGAAAUUCAAAUAUAAUCAGUCAGUAGCAUCCAUGAAAGAGGUGACCUCUGUUUUCUUUUUUUUUUUUUUGGGGAAUUCUUACUCUGCAAAUUAACUUUGUUAUAGAUCCUCAAUGUGAUUACUGAUUUGUCAGUUUCAUUUGCAUUUCCUUUUUUGUUUUAAAAGCAAUUUGUAUCAUUGAAAUGAUUAAUAAAAAAAUUCCGGUCCUCCCCAGCUA